GUGGACGCCAAAGAGCUAUUCUCCACUUGUUGAGCCCAGAGUAGAGAGACAGUUCCGGCUCCAGAAUAGCUUUCUCUGUCUCAAUUUCCCCUUUCACCUUUAACUUGCUCAACGUGCAACCAAAGAAUUAAAAGAUCACUACGACACAAUGAUCUGGCCUGGGGUUACGUCACUGCUUAUCAUCUCACUAAUUUGGGAGCUACAGGCGACUGCUGACCAGGAUGACCUGUUGGCGUCCUUGUCCUUGGGUUCCUUGGGGGAUGAUAUGAGCCCACCCUUGAGCGAAGAAGAUGGUUUGACCAUUCUUGGAACAGGAUCCGUGGACCCUGCAACAACUUUGAACUGUCACCGACGAUUGUACUCAUACAAGGUUACAAAAACGGACGCCAACGGGAAAACGUGUUGGGACAACGUCAAACUUUUUGCAUGCUGGGGUCGAUGCGAUUCCAAUGAGAUUCCAGAUUUUCGGUUUCCUUACAAAAAGAGUCACCACCCAGUUUGCCUCUACGGCUCUCGGAAACCAAACUCUGCAAUUUUGAAGAAUUGCGAUGCUGAUGUGCAACCUGGAACUGAACGAUAUGACUAUGAAGAAGCUGAAACUUGUCUCUGCUCGGUGUGCAAAUCUUCUGUGGCUAGUUGUGAGGGGUUGAGAUAUCGUGGAGUUCGAUCUGGGUCUGGUGGUCCAGCACCAUAAGCUGUCCUCGAUACAUGUAAUCUCAUUAUUAUAUGACAUCAUAAUGGUGCUGCAGAAAUUUAGGUGUGAAUUUAUGUAAUGACGACAAUUAAAUCACUGUUGACAAAAUUAUUAUUGGAAUUUGUUCUCCUCUCUAUCGUACUCCUUGUCUACAUAUAUACCUGUGUACUUAUGUAUAUGUGAAGUAUGUACUAAAUAGCUUAGUGCUUCUCAUCCCAGUAAUAGAAAAAUUUCAAAAUCUGUCAUCCUUGCCCACUUUUAAAACCAUUUACACGGUUUAAUCAAUGGAAAUAUUAAUACGACAUUGCUAUUGUUAGGCCGCUUCAUCUGUAGUAUGUGCAUUCCAAACUAUGGGAUAUUUAGAAUGCUUGACUUAAUAAAUGUUGUAGAUGGCUAUCCUCGGUCAAAUGCAUUCCUUUCGUGGCACAAUUGAGGCACAAACGUAAUAGAAAUACAAUAUAAUUUUAUUACUUGUUGUGGGAUUGGAUCAGCAAAUUGUUAUAUUUCCAGAUAUGAAUAGUGACGAAAUAUAUGUAACCUAUUUAAUGAGAAACUUUUAAUAAAAAAAUGCUCCAAACAUUGGUAAAUUCACACAA